CGGUCGAUUUUACAACAACUCAUACCAACAAACAAACAUGUAAAUCAACAGGCGCCUUUCAAAACAUCAUUAUUUUAAAUUUAAUUUGCAACUUUUAAAGUUGAAACGUCUCGAUUUUGAGAUAAUCUCGUCCUUAAACCAUGUUUUGCUGAAGAAGUCGAAGCAAAAAUGGAGAAGUACGAGGUGCUGAGCAUCGCCGGCGAAGGUUCUUUUGGCCGAGUGUACAAGGCCAAGCGUCGGGACACGCAGGAGGUCGUCGCCUUCAAAGUCAUUCCAAAGAUCGGACGGUCGUUGAAAGAGUUGGACAGUUUUCGGCAGGAAUGCGAAGUGCAGCGUCACCUGAACCACCCCAACAUCAUCCAGAUGCUCGACUCCUUCGAAACCGAGCACGACAUCGUGGUCGUUUCCGAGUUUGCGGACAAGCAGCUGUACGCGAUUCUGGGCAAGGAGGGUUACCUGCCCGAGGACAGGGUGCGCAAGAUCACGUGCGACCUGGUGUCGGCCCUUUUCUACCUGCACUCCAACAGGGUGCUGCACCGAGACCUGAAGCCGCAGAACGUCCUGCUCGACGCCGCCAACACGGCCAAGCUGUGCGACUUUGGCUUUGCCAGGCACAUGGGCAAGGGCACCAUGCUGCUGACCUCCAUCAAGGGCACGCCCCUCUACAUGGCGCCCGAACUCAUCAAGGAGAGUCCCUACGACCACAACGCUGACCUAUGGUCGCUGGGGUGCAUAGUUUAUGAGCUUCUGGUGGGAAUUCCACCCUUCAAGAGCUCCUCUGUUCUUCACCUAGUUCGACUCAUCCACAACGAGCAAAUCCGCUUUCCCGAGUACGUCUCUCAAGAGUGUGUCGCUUUUCUCCAGGGCCUCUUGCAAAAAGACCCGAAUGACAGACUCACCUGGCCGGAUCUUCUGCACCACCCCUUUUUAAAAGGCAACGUUGUCAUCCAACAAGACUUAGCUGCUUCGUUGCCACCUCUGACGGAGCCUCUCUCCAACUCGCAGCAGAAAGUCAAGGAAACCCAACGCCAAAUUUUACUCGACAAACACCCCAGAAAUGCAAAACUGGUGAGCAAACUGGAGGAGCAGCUGAAGCAGAAACUGUCCUUGGAUGAAAAGGACGAGGAGGAGGAGGAAGAGGUUCGGAGCGCCACGCCCACCCCUGAGGAACCCCCACCCUCGGCCAGCAGCAAGGAUAGGAAGGGGGAAGGGGAGGAGGAGGACGAGGUGCAGAACUUUGAGUGGCAGGACUAUCUGCAGCGCAGCAUGGAGGAGGUCAUCGGCGGCGACCUGUCCUGUCUGCUGCGGCCGCCGCUGGUCAGGGUGGCCACGGCGCCCCUGCUGCGCCGCACGGCCUCUGCCAGGGUGCUCGACUCGGUGGCGUGUCUGCUCAUGCUGCCCCUUGUUUGCGCCGACCUCAAGCCAAAGGUCAGCACCCUGCUCGAGGCCCUGGCCGAGUCCAACGUGGUCGACCAGCUCGUCCAAGGGCUGUGGAGUUUGCUGGCCGAGAAAAACUCGGACCUGCACGCCUUCGAGCUGGUCAAGUCGAAGCGGCUGGGCCCUGAAAGGUUGCAGGCGGUGGAGCACGUGGUGCUGCUGCUGAGCCACCUGGUGCACCGGCAGCCCUACCCAAAGGUCGAGAUCUUCCUGUGCCAGUGGUGCAACGCCGUCAGGAGCCGCGGCCCCUCCUUCGCCCUCCUCACCAGACACCUGCUCACCCUCAGCAAGCGCAGGCCCAAAAUCGUGGCCGACACCCUGGCCAUCUUCAACCACGUCCUCAGGGCGCUGCCCUCGCAGGCCGUGCUGGUCCUCGAGGCCCUCGUCGGCAACUCGGCCACAAAAGCCAGAGGCAAGAAGCCGAUCGACCCUGGCAAGUUCCUGGACAACCCCAACGCCAUGCUCAGACUCAACACCCUGACCCUGAUGCAGUACCUGAGCGCCAAAUUCGGCACUGGUCUGUUCGAGUUCUGGGACGCCAAUGUGAAGCAAAAGGUGGCCAAAAUCGCCAAGGAGGAAAAGGAUCUCAAAACUAAAGAAGUCGCCGUCCGGACUUUGGAGGUGAUUGAGAAGGUGGAAAGCCUGUGAUGAAAGAAAGUGCAAUAAAUUGAACAAUUUCAUAAUAACAAAGAUUUAUUUACUCAACAACUAUAACAAUAAUUGGAAUGCAUUACAUUUCUAGAGAGUCUCGAAGUU